UCCAGCGUGAAUACCCGCCUCCCUUUCUUUGGCAAACUUUGCUCGGGGUGUGUUUGGGAGACGGUGGGCGUAAAAAGGAGGGUUGCUUGCGUUUUCUUUUAUGCGCGUUAAGUUGAGAGAGGGGGCAGGGAGUCUCCUCUUCCCUUUCUUUCUUUCUUUCUUUCUUUCUUUCUUUCUUUCUUUCUUUCUUUCUUUCUUUCUUUCUUUCUUUCUUUCUUUCUUUCUUUCUUUCUUUCUUUCUUUCUUUCUUUCCUUCCUUCCUUCCUUCCUUCCUUCCUUCCUUGUUUGGUUCCUGCUAGAUUCCGAUCGAAGUCUAGGAUUACACUGCAAAACCCCAGCCGCUUUCCUCCUGCUCCCUCCUCCUCCUUUUCCAAAGUUGUGUUUUGAUUCGGAGAGGAUCGCCCGUCUUUCUCUCUUUCCCCGUCCCUUGGCACCCCCUCCCUCGCCAAUGACAUCUCUCAUCCUCGCGUCACCCCUCUGAACUGCAGCCGUUGCGCUGAAAUCAGAUGCGCUCCCCAAAGUAAUUUUUAAGGGGCACCCUCCUGGCGCAAGUUACAAGGUCCGGAAUUGCUGCCUUAGUUUGGUGAGCAAAGCUGCGGGCCUGAUAUUUCGGGGUGCCGUUUUGAGGGGUGUGUGUGUGUGUGUGCGGGAAUUAUUCAAUUUCAGUUCCAACCCCCCCAUCCUUCUCUCCAUGAGGCUGCUUAAUAAAACCAACUGUUGCUUCCAGUAGCCCUGGCCAGCUGUCACUGGGGCUGUCCGCUCCCCCCCCCCAGGCCACCGCCUGCGACAAGGGUGGAAGGGAAGAGGUUUCCCUCUGGUCCUGUAAAGCCCCACGUUCUUCUGGAAAAGCACCCCUAUCCCCCCCACCCAUUUUCUAUUUUCGUCUCUCCUACUUUGACUUACUUUCUGGAAGAAACGUUUCAUGUGUAAAUGGGGGGGGGGCAUGCUCUGGUCAUAUAGGCAUCCCAGGGUUUAGGUUGGUGGUUCUUCCUGACUUUCUCAUCACUAAAUGCUUUUGCAGCACCUCCCAUUUAAGGAUUUUUUCCUGUUGUUUUUUUUUUAGAGGGGGAAGAAGUCUUUGGACGGGUUGCUGCACAUUCUUUUUAAAAAAAUCUGUGGGCCUUGUGGAUCUUUCUCUCUUUCCGGAACUUGGAAGAAAAGGCUGAUAUGUUUGCUCUGUGCCACGUGUGGGUGUGGUUGGCGCUUCUGGUGCCUUCAGAAGUCAGCUUUGCAGUUCGCUUUAUAUUAUUAGUGGGUGGCGGUGUGUGUGUGGCGGCAAACCCAACCACCACUUCAGUUUCAUCGCCGCCAUCCCCUUUUCUUUAUUUCAAGAUAACUGUCGGAAGAAAUGCCUUGGGUCAUGUCACCUCCCUCGGCAAGAUUGCAGUCACUGUCCUUUGCAGGGAAUCUCGGUGUCCAAAUAAAAGACAGCGGAGCCAGCGGCGUCCGCCUUGCCAAGCUGCCAGCGGUUGGUCGACCCGUGGGUGGAAAAACAAGACCGUGGCUUAGCUUUCAAGAGGACGUUUCCAACUCGGUCUGUGUUUUUGCAAAGUCUGAGCAGUCUUGUGGGUGUGAAAUUGGAGCCGUGGCUCUUGCAUUUUUGUGCCCAAGUCUCCAUAGCUUGGGAGAUCCAGUCUUGCGGUGCUGCUGCUGCUGCUGCUGCUGCUUUGGGACUUGGUGGCCAGUUGGGGAGUGAUUUUUGUGUGCAUCUAGUGCCCGAUGGUUGGCAUUGUGCAUGGCCCAGGCCCACAAAGAGCGUGCAAGGUGGCUUUUGCAAAGGGUGUGAAGAAUAGCUUCCUUGGUGCCUGGGUGGUGCUUUGUUUUCUUGAGGUGCUCAGCGGUAGGGUGCAAGCUUGAGGCUGGUACCAGUUGACUGCUUUUCUGUUUUAAAGAAAUGAAAGAAACCAGACUCUGGUUGGGUGCUUAGCUGUCAUCGGGGAAAGGUAAACCCUUAAGAAGGGGAGCAGCCAUCCAUUGAGAUGAAUUAUCAGCUGGCAGGACUUCAAAGUCAGGAGGAAAAAGAAAAGCAUGCAUAGUGUGUGGACAUGCCUGUGCCUUUUUUUUUUUUUUCCAUAUCAGCCUUGGAACUUUGCUCAACUUGGUUGUUAACUAUAUAACACAUCCUAGUGCGUUGAGAAGUCCAAGUUCUAAUCAUGCUGCGUUUCCCUUUCAGCCCUGCGCACUCUUUAUCGUGGUUUUUUUUUUUAAUCUUUCGUUGUGUUUCUUAAUAAUGAUAAAGCUUAGGACGUAUGCAGUGCUUCAGAGCGUUCAAAGUGCUUCAAACCAUGAUCCUUGCAGCAGCCCUGUAAAGUCAGUUUUGUACCUAUGUGGCAGAUGGGGAGGGAGGAAGAACGCAAGCUUGCCUACCAAAUUCUGUCUGGAGAUCUGAACCAAAGGCACCUUGCAUUCUUAACCACUUUCUGAGGAAUCCUGAGGUGGAGGGGCUUUCUUUUUUGGGGUGUGUGGGUUGGAGCAGAAGGGACGGAUCCAGUGGUUGAAGAAUCAGUACAGUGGUACCUUGGGUUACAAACACUUCGGGUUACAGACUCCGCUAACCCGGAAGUAGUACCUCAGGUUAAUAACUUUACCUCAGGAUGAGAACAGAAAUCGCGCAACAGUGGCACGGGAGCAGCGGGAGGGUCCCAUUCACAUUAGCUGAAGUGGUACCUCAGGUUAAGAACAGUUUCAGGUUAAGAACGGACCUCCGGAACGAAUUGAGUUCUUAACCAGAGGUACCACUGUACAGUACUUCUAUCAGGCAUGCCAGCUUGCUCUGUCCAAGGUAGGAGAUGGGUUUGGAGAGGAUUUUCUCCCUUUUCCUUGCUUCCUGUUUUUUGCUUUUAACCGCUCCCUCGUAUUGACAUUCAUUGGGUUGGGAAUCACUGGGCCAGCUCCAGGGUUGAUGUGUGAACGGGUUUUUCCCCCCAUUCUGAGGUGCAUGUUGGGAAUUCAGGGCCUCCCAUUGUCUGCUGCCAACACCCAAACCCUAUUGUUUGUGCCCGUGAGGUUUUUCCACUCGAGUUCUGGAUGCGAGUGCUGCCCCAUUGAUGGCAUUCCUUUCCACAUGCUAAGUGGCACUCAAACUGGAUCUUUAGGUCCCUCCUAAUGUAGCUUUAGGGACCCAGGUGGCGCUGUGGUUAAACCACUGAGCCUAGGGCUUGCUGAUCAGAAGGUCGGCGGUUCGAAUCCCUGUGACGGGGUGAGCUCCCGUUGCUUGGUCCCAGCUCCUUGCAACCUAGCAGUUCGAAAGCACGUCAAAAUGCAAGUAGAUAAAUAGGAACCGCUACAGCGGGAAGGUAAACGGCGUUUCCGUGUGCUGCUCUGGUUUGCCAGAAGCGGCUUUGUCAUGCUGGCCACAUGACCUGGAAGCUAUACGCCGGCUCCCUCGGCCAAUAAUGCGAGAUGAGUGCGCAACCCCAGAGUCGGUCACGACUGGACCUAAUGGUCAGGGGUCCCUUUACCUUUUAAUGUAGCUUUACACUGCAUUCUACAAACUACAUUAUAAAGAGCUCUUCUGCUAGUUCUAUUCCUCUCCCAUCCCGUUCUUCUCUUUAAAAAGAAAGAAAGCCUUCUUUUCUGUUACUUUUCAGGUAGUUCGAUAGGACCCAGAAGAGUUUGAAACGAUAUGUUCUAUAUAUUUUUUUAUUCCAUGUGUGUAGAACAGAGUAAAGCAGUAAUCUUCCAGGUUUCAGGGAUCUCUUCUCCAGACAGCAAAACAUUUUGCUUUUUUGUGUUUCGUUCUUUAAAUGAAAAUGACCGAAGGGGUGUUCGAAAUAAAACACGUACCAAUGGAACUGUAUACAGUAGUGCACAUUGCACGAAAACCUUCAGAGUCAUAUUUGGCACCUGAGCUCCUAAGGAAGGGCCUGCAUUUAGCUGUCUUGAAUAUGCGAGACCCCAGUGGGGAAGCAAGUGCCUUUCGAAUCAGUGUGGCUUGCUUCCUCUUAAUCCCUUCUGAGAUUGCAAAAGAAACCAGCUCCUUGUGUGUUGAGCUGUGUGACCUUGCGGGAUCAGUUGAGUUAAAUGCUCACAAUUUAUGCCAGUUAUGCACUUGGUUCAUACCAUAAAGGCAAACAAAAAACAUGAGGCCAUCAAAACAGCCUUGUGGACUGGUAUCAAUGGUCCGUCUAGUGAGUCUAGCACUCUUGCUUCCAAUGGUGUGGCUAAUAGCUAGAUACUCCUUGGGGGAGCUCACGAGGAAGGCAAGACUGAGAUGGCCGUUCCUGUUUGUUCCCGAUGCCUUUUGAUUAGAGGAAUAGUGCUCCUAAAGUUGGAUGUUCCAUUUUCAGCUUUCAUGGGAGGCAUAGGAGUAGAGUGCGAAAAUACAAGCCUGCCCAGGCUGCGCAGAAACACAAACCAAAUUGGGAAUGUCCUCUUGAAAAAUAGAAGAAGCCGCUGUUUUCCAUGAUUUUGUCUAAUCCUCCUUUUUCUAAAAGGCGUGUUAGUUUGUGGCCUUCAUAUGUUGUGGAAAUAAAAUCCAUCAGCUAAUUAAUUAUACGCUGUAUGAAGAAACACUUCCUAUUGCUUGUCUGACAAGUUUGAUUGUGUGUGAAGAAUAUUCUUGGAAAGAGAGGUCCACAACUUCUUUCCAGAAGACCCAAUGCCAGAAGGUUCAUAUAGGGCUGCAUUUACGCCAAACAUUUAAAGUACAGUGGUACCUCUGGUUAUGAACUUAAUUCGUUCCGGAGGUCCGUUCUUAACCUGAAACCGUUCUUAACCUGAGGUACCACUUUAGCUAAUGGGGCCUCCCGCUGCCGCUGCGUGAUUUCUGUUUGCAUCCUGAGGUAAAAGUUCUUAACCCGAGGUACUACUUCCGGGUUAGCGGAGUCUGUAACUCGAAGUGUUUGUAACCCGAGGUACCACUAUACAUUGCAUCCACGCAUAGAAUCCUGGGAACUGUAGUUUACCCUUCACAAAGCUAUGCUUCUCAACUUGCGGGGUUGUUUGUGUGCCACCAGCUCCCUGGGUGCAGAAUCUCUAUCCCCUCACCUCUUUUCCUAAUUUUUAUUCAAACAGACAGACAAAAACAGCAAGCUAAAGGUAAUAAUAAAGUCAUAAAAGCAGGGAGAAUAAAAAUACAAUAUCUUAAUUUAAUAAUAAUCGUACAAAACUUUAAAAAGAAUAAGUGGCAUAAAGCAGUGGUCAUCAACCCCCGGGCCAUGGACCGGUACCGGUCCAUGGAUCAAUUGGUACCGGGCCGCCCAAGGAACAUUAAAUACAAUUAAAUUAAAAUUAUUAAAUCAAAACAAUCUAAAUAAAAUAUAAACAAUCAACGUCCCCCCCCCCCCAGCGGGCCGCAGUAAAAUUACCAAGCGUUGACUGGUCCACGGCGAUAAAAAGGUUGGGGAGCACUGGAUAAAGUAUAUUCCGCGGUGAAAUACAAGGUUCACAUUUGAACCAAACAUACCAAAUAUUAAUGAAUGUUGCCAAAUAAACUCAAAUUCAGUGAGAUUGGUUAUAUAAAUCACAAACGGGGCCACCAAGCAAAAGCAAAGUUGGAGGGGUCUGCCAUCCCCCCUGCUGGCACAUGUUUUAUUUGUCAGGAUUUUUUUUCCAGAAAUGACAAUGAACAUGCCUUUUUUGAAACCAUAGAUCCAUAGACUAACAAGAUGUGUCCUCGCACCCUUGAGAGAUCGCUAGGCGAGCGGCAAACAACAGCUCCAGUUCUGACGUUUGGAGUGGACCUGUUUGCCUUCCCCUACAUGCCUGCUUUGGAGGGCCUCACUCAAGGAGAUCACCUUUGAAGCCUCGGUGCUUGCUUCUUCUUGCGUGAGCGGUCAACCCGUGGACGGAACGUGCUGGGUGCCCCCUGCCUGGCCCCUCGGAAAGGGAGGCUGCACUGACGCCGAAUCGAGUCGUUGGCAGUCCUGGAUAAAUAAGACUUCAGUUGCAAUUGCUCCCUACUCAGCCCCUAUGUGAAUCCCUUUGCCCGAGGAUCAGGCCUGCGGAGUGUACCUGCCAUGGCGAGCAACAGCAGCUCCUGCUCCACGCCGGGGAGCGGGCAUCUCAACAGCUACCCAGUCCCACACUAUGCAUUUUUCUUUCCACACAUGAUCGGGGGUCUUUCGCCUCCGGGAGCUCUGCCAGGGAUGCAACACCAGCUGCCGGUCAGCGGGUACAGCACGCCUUCACCAGCCACCAUUGAAACACAGAGCACCAGCUCGGAAGAGAUUGUGCCCAGCCCUCCUUCACCGCCCCCACUGCCCCGAAUCUACAAGCCCUGCUUUGUGUGCCAGGAUAAGUCUUCUGGCUAUCACUAUGGGGUCAGCGCCUGUGAAGGAUGCAAGGGCUUUUUCCGCCGCAGCAUCCAGAAGAACAUGGUGUACACCUGUCACCGCGACAAGAACUGCAUCAUCAACAAAGUGACGCGGAACCGCUGUCAAUACUGCCGCCUGCAGAAGUGCUUCGAAGUUGGCAUGUCCAAGGAGUCCGUCCGGAACGACAGGAACAAGAAGAAGAAAGACGCCCCCAAGCAGGAAUGUUCGGAGAGCUACAUCAUCACGCCUGAGGUGGAGGACCUCAUAGAGAAAGUGCGCAAAGCCCACCAGGAGACCUUCCCUGCCCUCUGCCAGCUGGGAAAGUACACCACGAACAACAGUUCGGAUCAGCGGGUCUCUCUCGACAUCGACCUGUGGGACAAGUUUAGUGAGUUGUCCACAAAGUGUAUCAUCAAGACAGUCGAAUUCGCCAAGCAGUUGCCGGGCUUCACCACACUCACCAUCGCCGACCAGAUCACGCUCCUGAAAGCCGCCUGUCUAGACAUCCUGAUCCUACGGAUAUGCACGCGCUACACCCCAGAGCAGGACACCAUGACGUUCUCGGACGGCCUGACGCUCAACCGCACUCAGAUGCACAAUGCAGGCUUCGGGCCCCUCACAGACCUGGUCUUCGCCUUCGCCAACCAGCUACUGCCACUCGAGAUGGAUGACGCCGAAACAGGGCUCCUCAGCGCUAUCUGCCUCAUAUGCGGGGAUCGGCAAGACCUGGAGCAGCCGGACCGUGUGGACAAAUUGCAGGAGCCACUGUUGGAAGCCCUGAAAAUCUACGUGAGGAAGAGGAGGCCUAGCAAGCCCCACAUGUUCCCCAAGAUGCUGAUGAAGAUCACGGACCUGAGAAGCAUUAGCGCAAAGGGUGCCGAAAGAGUGAUCACACUGAAGAUGGAGAUCCCUGGAUCGAUGCCGCCGCUGAUCCAGGAGAUGCUGGAGAACUCAGAAGGCAUGGACACUUUGGGGGCCUCGGCGGGAGCCCCGUCGCGCAUAGGAAGCCUCGCCCCUCCGGGAAGCUGCAGUCCCAGCCUCUCCCCCAGUUCCAACAGAAGCAGUCCUGCCACGCAUUCGCCAUGACCGCACCGGCCACUGGGACAAGCUGCUUGACCCCCACCCUGCCAGCUGCACACUUUGGUCUUUUGCUCCCUGAGGCCGGCCUGGACAAACGUCUGAGGAGCAGGGUUGGGGCAGUUGGAGGGAGGUGGGAGCCGUGGGACAGCUGGCCGCUGCAAGUGGUCUCUCCUCCCUCCCCCUCCACGGCACUGCGUGGGCUGCCGUUGGGCCCAAGGGGGGUGGGCUUACACGUACUGUUCCAUGCCAGCACGCUACCCUUCGUUCAACGGUUCCAGCAAAACAGGGUUCCACUUUUGCAAUGAAGACCCCCUAUUUGUGGGAUGCCCCCCCCUUGGAGAGGCACAGAUCAACUGAUACAGGAAGUUCUGGACUCUGCAGAUAAAGAUCAACGAGCCAAUCUGAAGGACAGAAGCUCAAAAUCUAGGAGCGAGACUUUACAUACAUAUAUAUAUCUAUAUAUAUAUAUAUUAAAAGAAAACCCAACUGAUUACAGAAAAAUUCACCUCCUAUGUGGCACGCAUCCCUCCCCCCCCCCUCGACACACACACACACUCUCACCCUUGUCGUGCACACAUUAUACACCUUCACUAAGGAGUUGCCUGCUUCUUGUUGCAGUGAAAAUGAAGUGGUGUUUUUUUUCUUUUUCUUCCCGGUUGAGUUUGCAUUUCAGAUGUUUCAGGGGAAAGGGUGUAAUGUUUUCUUGUUUUCUGUUUCCUGUUUUUUUAUUUUAUUGCUCCGUUUCCAUCCUCUUUACCCUGCCUUUCCCCACUCCUUGUCCACCCCCCCCACAUGCCUAAAAAAAACCGACACCAGCAAAUAAUUAAAAAAGAAAGAGAGAGAGAAGUAAAAUUAGUUCUUCAGGGUUUUUCUUCUACACACAGAGAGGAGGAGGAGGAGGAGGGAGAGGAGGAUUCAUUCAUUUAAGAAAGAAGAAAUAUUAUAUAUAUAAAUAUAUAUAUAAAAUAUAUAAAUACAUUUUAAAAGAAAACUUUGUAAAAGUUUGGAAUUUGGAGGAUUUCUAGGAGGAGGGUGUGGCAAGGAGAAAAUCAGAGUGGGUGGGACACAGAUUCUCCUACGGGCUGGGUCAUACAGUAAUUUUCUUUUAAAAUGCUAACACCGUAUUAUCUAGCCACAGUUGAGUACUUUUAAAAUCCGUGUGAGAUAAAAGGUACUUAACUUUGGCUGGGUUUGUGUUGUUUGCCUAUGGGCUUCUUCUAUCAAUGGACAGAACGUUUCUUCAAGAAGGCACUGAAAAUAUUUGCGGGGGGGGGCGGGGACAAGACUGGGUUAUGAAUGCUGCGAUAGAAGUUCCUUUGAGCAAAAGGCCUCCAGCUUUCUGAAGGUAAAAAGGUAAAGGGACCCCUGACCAUUAGGUCCAGUCGUGACCGACUCUGGGGUUGCGGCGCUUAUCUCGCUCUAUAGGCCAAGGGAGCCGGCGUACAGCUUCCAGGUCAUGUGGCCAGCAUGACAAAGCCGCUUCUGGCAAACCAGAGCAGCGCAUUGAAACGCUUGGAGCAGUACCUGUUUAUCUACUUGCACUUUGACGUGCUUUCGAACUGCUAGGUUGGCAGGAGCAAGGACCGAACAACGGGAGCUUACCCCGUCGCGGGGAUUCGAACAGCCGACCUUCUGAUCUGCAAGCCCUAGGCUCAGUGGUUUAACCCACAGCGCCACCCGCGUCCCUUUCUGAAGGUAGGGGUGUAAAAAAAAAAAACCCCAAACCCAGCAUUGUGCACUGUUUCACGUUUUCACUAAACAACCCCCCCACAACACCCCACCCCCCAAAUCUUAAGAUUACCUUUUAUAAGAAUUGUCACAAAGCGUUUUGUGAGGGGAAAUAUCUCUCUGUUCCUGGGGCUCCUUUCACUUUGUUCUUUUCUGGGAAGAAUAGUUUGUGCCUGCCCCCCCUUUUUUUUAAGGCAGGAGGGAUAAAAGCCAGCCAGGACUUUUAAAGAGCCAAUUUGAGAGGCUUACACAAUCCCAGUAAAAGUGUGGGUCCUUUUCCCUCUUCUUUUAAACCCGCUUCACCCUUGUGCCACAUCACAAACCACUUGACACCACACCUGGGUAAAGGCAGGGUGGAUGGGGGCUGCUUUUCCAGAAGAGCAGCGCUAAUUCUGCCAUCCCUAUGCCCAGGGCUAGCUGGCUCCCAUUGGACUCAGUGGGAUUUGCCUUUGAAUAGACACAGCAUUGCCCUGUAAGGCUGCCGUUCUGUACACCUGGAAUCAAGCCCCAUUGGGCCCAGCCACACUUGCUUCUGAGUAGAUGUGUAUAGGACAGCUAUCUAAAAGAACAGCCCUCCUGCUGCUCAGAAUGAAGUCCUGCUGGGUUGAGCAGGACUUGAACCCAGGUCACUGGGUACAGAAUGGCAGCCUUCAGACCUUUGGGGUUUGUAGAACUAGUUCCAAGCUGCUCUGGAUCCUGGCCGAGAAGUUUCAGACGAAAGGCAAGGAAAACUCCCGAUUUAUCUGUAGAUUCAAAACAGAAAUUGUCACCACACUUAAGAGGAAAGAAAAAUGUGACUGGCUCCAUGUAAGGAUGAGGGAUUUGGGUGGGGGAUCGGAGAAGGGCCCACACACAAAAUUGUUAUUGAUUUUUGUGUCUUUGAAUCUACAAACAUAAAAUUGGGGUGAGGGUUGAAGCAAGAACACAGACACACACCCAGUGCUCCUUCCUCAAUUCAAAGAACAUGUGCUGCACACCUCUCAGAUAUGUAUAUAAAGCUGUUAUUUCAUAUAAAAAAAUACCUGUGAGCUUAAAUCCUCCCAUAAUUGCUGCAUUUGGUUGGGGGGCAGUGGUGAGUGUGAGAAAGAGACAAAAUUAUUUUGUUUGUUUAUUUAAACAGCUGUUUUCUGAAAGUGAAUUAAGUUUGCUCAGCCAAUGCUUAAAAGGCCCUUUUUAUUUUUUUAAAAAAGUGGGGGGUUAGCCAAGGCAGUCAAAUGAAUUAUGGUCGUUCAGUAGAACCUCCAUACACUGAACCAGCGUAUCUCUGAAUAACAGCUGCCAGGGACAAUUGGCGGGGUGUGUGUGUGUGUAAAGCUUCAGGCCUUGCUUACGAACUUUCAGAAGUAUCUGUAAAAAUAGAACACUGGACUAGAUGCACAAUUUUUUGCAUCCACCAAAUGCUUUGUUCCAGCCCUGGUACGGCCACAUCUGGAAUGCUGUGUGUGGUUCAGCUCAAUUCAAGAAAGAAGUUGGCAAGAUGGGAACGAUAUAAAUCGACAAUGACAGCAACAACAAAUAAAGUGUGGUAGGGAAGUUGCACCCAUCCAGGUGGUUGUUGUUAGACACCUGCUCCCAUCUAACAAAUACCGAGGGCGCACAGGCAAGAAAAAUUGUAUGCAGCCUGACAAACUGAAGUUACUAUUAUGUCGACUUUGCAGUCUCAAGAAAACAGGCCUCUAGUCCUUCCACCUGUAUAUCCGGAGGGAAAGGUGCUGAUGGAGAAAACACCCUGACCACACACACACACACACACACACACACACAUGCAACUUUGCAUGCAGCAGGAGAUAGUAAGCGGAAGCCUCUAACUCAAGAGUAAGUCCCAUUGAGCUCCGUGAGACUUGACUUCUGAGUAGGCACAUCCUCAGAUUACACACUGAUGCACAAACACACCCCAAUUACUUGUCGGCUUCUAAUAUAUUGGAGGCUGAUUACAAGUCAGUGCAAUGUGAUGAAAUUAAUUUCAACUUCACAUGUGCAUCAAAAAGGUCUAAAUUGACUGUAACUGCAAUAGCUACUUUGAUCACACGGAGAGAGAAAUCCGCUCAUGGACAAUAAUCUGCCCAGUUUUAUGCUUUUCACAAUGAAGAAUGCCAGCUCAUCGUUGGGAACUCUUAGGGAAAGGGCGGAAAAUAGCCAAUGUUUCAAUUUGGAAGGCUGCGAAAUUAUAAACGGUCUGGAGUAAGUUAGCCAAGAACUCAACACCAUGCAGUGAAAUUGAGUGGCAAGGCAAAAAUAUAGAUAUUCCAACGCACCAUGCAACAUCUGAUUAAUUUAAGGGUUUUAUAUGCACAGUAUGUAGUGAUCACCAGUAGAUUAGCUGGCUUUUUCAGGAUUAUUGUUUAUUGAUAGCUGGUUACAGUAGUUAAGAAUGGAGCCUCCACAUCUAGAGAUAGUAUACCUCUGAAAUUGCCGGAAGCAAAUGGGACCCAAAUCUCCAUUAUGUCAUUCUUGCAAACUUUCCAGAGCAUUUGCCUGGCCACAAAGGCAGAACGGUGGAGUAAAAUGACUUUGUCCUCGGCUGAGCAAGGCAGUUCUUGUGUUCCAAAGAGAUACUGCCUGGUGAAGUGUUCUGUGACACUCCAAAGCUUACGCAGCCAUUUCAAGCCACCUAGAUGGGUCUAAAAAAAAAAGCUCCGGGAUAAUGACUUCGGGGCUAGUGUCACUUGGCUAUCCGAGGAAGCUGGAAUUCAGAUGCUAGGAGCCAAAUUUUUGAAAAGCAACUCUCUUAAAAACAGAAACUAAACGUGUUUGCCCUAGAUUGAGCAAAAGAUGCUCCAGGGCAGGCAUCCCCAAACUGCGGCCCUCCAGAUGUUUUGGCCUACAGCUCGCAUGAUCCCUAGCUAAGAGGACCAGUGGUCAGGGAUAAUGGGAAUUUUAGUCCAAAACAUCUGGAGGGCCGAAGUUUGGGGAUGCCUGCUCCAGGGCAUUCCCACUCCUCUCAGAUAUUUUAAAAAGCAAGGGCUUCCAGGUGAGAGGGGAUGCUCGAUCUUGUGCAUCUUUGAAAAUUGUUUAAAAAACCAGGUUUCAGCAGAGGCUAAAGAGCAGAACAAAUACCAUAUUGGUUUGAAUACAAGUCUCACCCCCCCCCAAUUCUUACCAUGAAAAGUUAAAGUGCAGCUUAAAUUCAUGACCUUACAAAAAAUGGAUUGUACGAUAUCACUGCUGAAACAGACAGAGGGGGUGAGUGCCUGCGGAAUUUUAAGGGAGCGGCUUAUAUUCGGGUAUUGUCUUUCUCCCCCCCCCCCCCCUGAAUUUUAAAAGGUGCGGCUUAUAUUCAGGCCAAUACAGUAUAAAUAUUUUUGCUCCAGUAUAACCCGAGUUCUGUGUCCCAGCCCCCUGGGAAUUGCAUUAAGUCCACUUGAGAAUGCCGACGCCCCACUCUGCUUUACACACAUCCAGCCCCAAAUACUAGACACUGGGUCACUGCCAGCUGAGCUUUUAAUUGAGCGUUCACCCCGAGUUGUUUGCACAAAGCUUGCAAGGGUGUUAGCCAGCGAGUUAAGCAGCAUGCAGAUAACUUUGCGGGGAGGUUAGCCAACGCAUCAAGCAAUUGUUGCUUUCCAGUGCAUCUCCUUACUUAAAAGGGAAGCGGAUUUGCUGCACGAGAGCACCAAAUCAUGCGUAAGUGCACAACCUGAAUCUGCCGGGUACGUGAUUGAAUCCCAUCCCAAAAUAGUUUACAGCUUGAAAGCAUUCUGGGCUAGGCUCCUGCUGAGAGCAAGUGCUCCUUGACACAACUCAUUGUUCAAUUGCAAACUGUCUGCCGCCCUGGGAUCCUAUGGAAGCUUUCCUCUGCAAUGGCAUCUAUUUGCCUAAAGUGAAUUCUGCCCCCAAGUGGGGCAGGGCAGCGAGCAAAGAAGGAAGAGCAGAGCAGUGAUGGCUCGAGGCGAAGUGGACCUUUAAGAGAAGCAGGUGGCUUGACAGGUGAGGAAGAGGGAGGCAGAUUGAGGCGGAGGAGCCUGAGCAAAAGGGCUGGAUGGAAGGAAUCCAGUUAGAAUGAGGCAAAAAGGAAAGGUAGGGUGAGUAAGGGUGGCUGAUUAUGCAUUGCCAAGAAAGGAGGACAUAGAUUUGCAUUAAAUGGUGUAUGAGUAUUGUUAUG